CAUCCAGCAAGGGAGGUGUAGGUGUGCCUGAGGAGGAGGCACCCUGCCACUGUGCGGGAACUGAGCUAUUUAACAGGACUGUUUAGCUUGUGGGAGUGUGACUCCCACAGCCACCUUCUGACACAUAACUGGCUGGAGGGGCGUGAUGCUCGGCUGUGGAAGGUUAAACUGCAUCCAUCUGCUCCCUGCUCCAGGCUGUUUUGUGUGCAGUGGUGGUUUGUUAGAGUGAGCUAGCGAGUUUAAGAAGCACUAGAGACGGAGGUGUAAGCUAGACCUCCUCAGCCUCUGUUUUCCUCCAAUUUAUUUAAAUUUACUUCUUGAGUAAGUGUAAUGAGAUCUAAGCCAGGAAAAGCUGCAUGUUGAAAAGAUGUUAGAAAGUGCUACAUUAAAAGCAGGACUACCUGCUUACGAUAUCCAUUACAAUAAACAUGGUGCACUCACCCUUCAGCUUCACUUUCAAAAGUGCAUUCUGAAAAAUCAGAAUAACAACACCCCAACUAAUCUGGAAAUGUGUUUUGUGCCAGCUGGCAAAGCUGAGAGGUACUAAAGACACAGCAUGCCAAAUACUAAACUUGGACCAUGCUGAGAAAAGACACUUGCUUGGAUUAAAAAUUGGAGAAUAAGGAGAAAUCUUGGCAUUAGCCAAAAUGGCUGCCAUUUAUCUCAGGCUUCCAGUGCUGAUUUCAAAGACCUCUCGUCAGCAACAGUGAGCCCUGACCCACAAAUACAAGCUGAAAUGCUGCUGGUGGCAGAGGAUGAGUCCAAUGGUCACAAGCAGCCUGGCACUUCCAAGCUGCAAUGUGUGGGCUGUUAAAAGAUGCCUCAUGCUCCUGCAGGCCGGAGCAAGAGGCAGCCAUAUCCUGUCCCUGCAGCGACAUGGCUCUGUGCCAGUGGGCAGGGAGAACCUCUGUGCUGGGCACCAGCCCCGUAAGCCAUGGGGCCUGCAGCAGCUCUGCAGGUCUAAGGGUAAAUGCUUCCCCCAUUGAUCAGGUUGUACAGGAGCUGGGAAUGGUGGUGGGUGCUGAGCACAGUCAUAUGGAGCCUCCUUCUAAAUGCUACAAGACUUUUUAGAGCAAAUCUUCCCUGGCAGCUCCCUCCAUGGGCAACUUUGCAAGAAGUGCAUCCUCUUGUGGGGCCUUUCCACCCCAGUCUCUGCAAUUUACUUCAACAUGUGAAAUGCUGUGGAUAGCCAAAGUGGCUCCAUGUGCCACAGAGACCACUUAUGCUCUUUGGUUAAAGGCUGUGAGAAGCUCUGGAGCUCACCUGAUUCAAAGGCACCAGAUGGGCUUACAAGGCUGUGGAAGCCACUACUUUGAAGUGAACUUGCUGGUUGUUUUCCACCAUAGGAUGGAGGACAGCAGGAGAGCCCACAUAGCCAUUAUUGGCUGGGCAUGCACAACCUUGUGUUUGGUCUCUUACGUGGCUGCCUUCUCACACGGCGCAAGCCUUUCUGCCUGCACUGACAUGAUGCCCAGGCACCUGAGAGCACAGCUGCACAGCCCAAACAACUACGUUACUGUCCACACCAACAUGUCCUUCUACUCCCCAGGUGACAAGGUUCCAGUGAUAGUGAGGAGCACCAGGGAUUUUAUGGGCUUUUUGCUUCAAGCUCGCCAAGUGUCUAACGAUGAAAUCACUGGCACGUUCAUCCUCAUCCCUCCUGGUUCCAAGCUGCUGACUUGCUUUGAAGAUGGUGACAGUGUCACCCACUCGGACAAGUCACUGAAGAGAAACCUGUCCUUUGUAUGGAAAGCACCAGACCAACCCAUUGGAGACAUCAAGUUUUUCAUCUCUGUAGUCCAGUCAUACUUUGUUUAUUGGGCAAAGAUUGAAUCUGCUGUUGUGGCUCACCGAGGGCAAAACAAAAUGCCUGCUGGCAGCAGCGAGAGGCCCGACCCUGUAACUGCUGUAACUCCUUUGCAGGAACCAGCUGACCCCACAGGUAUGGUGAGCAAAGGUCCCACCUCUCCUGUGGCUGCCACUGGCUUCCUCCUGCACACCACAGUGCCUCCUGCCAGCCCCACCAGCACCACAGCAGUGCUGACACCAGAGCCAGAUUUUGGUGCCCAUCCCAUUGCGGAGCCGAAGCAGCUGGCCCGGCCCUCACGGGCUGUGUCCAGUGGGAAUGGUGGGGCCAGCAGCCAGUGGUUGGAGCCGUCCCUCCCCACCCAAGACCACAGCACCAGAGCUGCCAUACAAGAGCUCCUGCCCCAGGACAAUGCCUCCAGCUACAGCACCCCCAGUGGGGCAGGGAGCACUGCCAGUGCUGCCACCCCACGCUUGUGUUUGAUGUGUAAAGAAGAUGGGCAGGCCAAUACCAAGAGUGGGAACGUCUUGGAAGCCUCCCACAUUGUGACAGCAUCUCCUUCUGCCCCACACCUACACACUCACCUGGGUGAUGCUGCUGUGACAACAGCCUGGUUUGACAAUGCUAAUGCUGCCAGCAAUUUGUCAUCAGCUUCAAGGCAAAUGGCAGAAAGAAAACUGGCACCACAGCCAGAGGAGGCAGGCGCCAGGGGCAACGAGGAGGAGGAGGAAGUGGGAGGGAAUACCCUGCCAUGGGUGACCAGACCAGCUCCCGAGUUCGCUGUUCCUGGGAACGGGGAAGACCCUGGCAGAGGGACCCGGCUCCUUGCAGCCCAGCUCGGCAUCCUCCUGGUCUGCACUGCCGCCCUGGGUCUGGCACUGGCAGCUGCCGUGCGCUGUGUCUGUGCCCAGCACUGCCACAAGCGGACGGAGGUCUCCUUCAGUGAGCCAGACCCCGGUGUCAUCACGGUCAGCGAAAACGGGGAGGUGAUGCACUUCCGAAAGAUCAGGGAGAACAGCUUCGUGCUGGUGCAAGCGGAAUAUAACUGGGUCAGCCCCUCGAGCAGCGGGAAGAAGACAAUCAUCUGAACGUCUGCAACUCCAAAAGCUGCUCCUUAGAGGCCGGUGUAGGUGAAAAUAGCCUGGCCUAUACAGCACAGGUUAUAGGAAGCAGUGGUUUAGUUCCUGUAUGUGCUGCCAUAGAGGUAGACAAAAUCGAAGUAGCCAGCUCAGACAGACGUGUUAGUUGAAAAUAUCUAAGCUACAGCUGCUAAGAAAAUAGAAGUUGAUAGAUAGUUCAGUGUGUUACACUUACUGCAAUUAAUAUUGUAUAUCUGCUCAUUAGCUGUCACUGCAGCCAUGACAUACACUUCCUCUGUUGCCUUAAGGGUGUAGCCAAAAAUAGAAAUUCUUUCUCCACAUUGUAGUACUGUCUCCUCUUUAAUCUCAGCAAAAGUUUCUGGUGUUACAUUUCUUUCUAGGAACUAGAAACCCCUGAUACAAACCCAACCAUUCUCACUGAGGAGCUGACGAGUUUGAUUCUGUGCACUUGGUAUCCCUCAGAUGACAAAAUAUUUGCCAGAAGAUUUUAAGUUUCAAUUUGAAAAUAAAAAGCAGUAACUCAUUAGCGGAGAACAUUGAUUCAAAAAACACUGAAUUGAUCUGUGGAAGUGAAACACAGAGUGGUGAACACCAGCUUUUGGGGGAGAAACAUGCUUCCUCAUCAGGUGCAAAUGGAAGAGAACCUUUCCUGUCCAUUUGCACCUGAUGAGGAAGCUUGUUGAAGCCUGACAGCUGGCAUUUACUUAGUCUUUUUCUUCGAGUCAGCUCAGUAACACUGUGCAGAAAUAUGCACUGAGAAGUACCCUUGCCAGGUCACUUUGGAGAACCCCAGCAAAGGCUGCACGGAAAGUUAACAGCAUCCUUGUGCUCUGAGUUUGUGCAAACUUCUCUCCAACCAUGUCUUUUCCUUCAGGAGGCCACUAAACAGCCCUUGGAAAACAUUAAGAUACUUGACACUUUAAGGAGAGGUAACAACAACAAGGGUAAAAGUUUGACUGCAGCUUUGAAAGAGACAGAAAUGGUCCUGAUAGUGAUCCUCUUGAGAUGUAUAUUUUAGAGCCCUGCAGAGUGCUGGAAUCACUCCUGGAGUUCUUUUCAGGGCCAGGGAGGGGAGCUCAGAUGGUCACCAUGCUAUGUAAUGACUUAAACUUUGGUGCUGCAGCUUAUUUUGCAGCCUGAAGCAAUCCCCCGUGAGCUAAGCAGAUAAUGAUGGGACCCUGAUGGCUCACACAUCCUUCCUCGUGACAACUUCCCUCUCUGUCAGGAGGGCCCUGUGGCCAUGUAAAACUGUCUAUCUUCAUGCUGGAUAGUCAGUCAAAGCUCUGCUCUCACACCCUCCCUUACCUUGCCGUUGGCUCCAGAGGAGACAGGAGGGACAUAGAUGAGUUCUUCUAUUGAAACCCCUUCAGUGGGAUGAAUGUAGUGC